AUGUACUCCAAAUUCUGGCCCAAGGGCGGCCUUCCGGGAAUCCUCCACCACUUCACAGAAACACUCGUAACCUUCGAAUAUACUACCACUACCCCCUCCCUCUCCCAACCUCACACCCUGCUCUUCGUCGGUGGCCUCGGCGAUGGCCUCGCCACAACAUCCUACAUGGCCGACCUAGCCCGUGCCCUCCACUCCACCCCCUGGUCCCUCUUCACCCUGAACCUCACAUCCUCCUACCAAUCCUGGGGCCUGGGCCAUCUGGACCGCGAUACCGACGAAAUUGCCCAAUGUAUCCGCUACAUCAAAGACUACAAAGCGGAUAAAUACGGUUCUGCCUCUGCAGCUAGCAGCAAGAUCGUAUUGAUGGGACACUCCACUGGCAGCCAAUGCGUCAUGCAUUACUUAACGCGGCCGAACCCCCAUACCACCAAACCGCCCUUUGAUAAGUACUUGGAGCAUGUGGAACGGUUGCCGCUGGACGGAGCUAUCAUGCAAGCACCUGUGUCGGAUCGCGAGGCGAUAUUGUGGGUGUUGGAGAAUGGGUUUGGAGGCAGAUCUUCCGCGGAGUGUAAAGCGGUCUAUGAGAAGCUGGUGAACAUGGCAAAGGAGGCAGAGGAGAAGAGAAUCAGGGAGGGUGGAGAGUUUGAUGUGAUUCUGCCGAUUGAAUUGACUAGCUUCGCCUAUCCGGCUAACACACCGUUGUCGGCGAGGCGGCUGUUGAGUUUAGUGAGUCCAGAUGCUCCGGGUAAUCCUGGGGAGGACGACAUGUUCAGUUCGGACUUGGGGCCGGAGCAGUUGCAGAAGACCUUCGGGAAGGUAAAGAGCGGCGGCUUGUUGGCAGAGAAGGCGAAGUUGAUGGUGCUAUACUCGGGUAAGGAUCAGAGUGUUCCUGACUGGGUGGAUAAGGAGGCAUUGUUGAGGAAGUGGCGGGGGAUCACAAACGCUGGAUGUGCAGAGGGUGAAGAGAUCUGGGAUGAUGAGCACACUGCCGUCAUUCCGAACGCGUCGCAUGCCCUCAGUAACGAUGAUCAGGCAGAGCCAAGACGAUUCCUUGUGGAAAAGGUCAUGGGACAUUUGAAGACAGUGGUUAACGAUGGUACGUCCGGUGAAUCUUGUGCUUUGUCGGAGAAACAGCAGAUCCACGAGACAUGGAAUGCUGCCAAUCAGCUUGAGACUGGGUAUAGAUAUCCUACGCAGGACUCGACCGGCCUGCGGCCUAGACGGGACUGGGUGAAAUAUGGCCUGGUGGCAACAGUUCUGUUGCUUGCCUCACCUUAUGUCUAUCCGCACUACGGGGGCAAUUAA